ACCGCCACUCUCCCGCGCGCCCGCAGCCCGCAGCCCGGCCGGAACAUGGCGGCGCUCAGGCUCCUUUCUUCCUGGCAGCGCCUCUGCGCCCCCACCCGCGGCUCCGGGGGUCCCUGGUCGCAGGGAUGUGUUUGCUACUUUUCAACCAGCACACGUCACCAUACCAAAUUUUAUACAAACCCCGUGGAAGCUGUGAAAGAUAUCCCUGAUGGUGCAACAAUACUGGUUGGAGGUUUUGGGUUAUGUGGCAUUCCCGAGAAUCUUAUAGGAGCUUUACUAAAGACUGGAGUGAAAGGGCUAACUGCAGUCAGUAACAAUGCAGGGGUUGACAACUUUGGCCUGGGUCUCUUACUAAAAUCCAGGCAGAUAAAGCGCAUGGUCUCUUCAUACGUGGGAGAAAACGCAGAAUUUGAACGACAGUAUUUAUGUGGUGAAUUAGAAGUAGAGCUGACACCGCAGGGCACACUUGCAGAGAGGAUUCGUGCAGGCGGAGCUGGCGUGCCUGCGUUUUACACCAGCACAGGCUAUGGCACCCUGGUGCAAGAAGGAGGCGCCCCCAUCAAGUACAACAAAGAUGGCAGCGUCGCCAUUGCCAGCAAACCAAGAGAGGUGAGAGAGUUUAAUGGUCAGCAUUUUAUUUUGGAGGAAGCAAUUACAGGGGACUUUGCUUUGGUGAAAGCUUGGAAGGCUGACCGAGCAGGAAACGUGAUAUUCAGGAAAAGUGCAAGGAAUUUCAACUUGCCGAUGUGCAAAGCUGCGGGAACCACAGUGGUAGAGGUUGAAGAAAUUGUGGAUGUUGGAUCAUUUGCCCCAGAAGACAUCCAUAUUCCUAAGAUUUAUGUACAUCGCCUUAUAAAGGGAGAAAAAUAUGAGAAAAGAAUUGAGCGUUUAUCAGUCCGGAAAGCAGGGGACGAGGUGAAAGCCAAGUCUGGCAAACCCGGUGACAGCGUGAGGGAGCGCAUCAUCAAGCGGGCGGCUCUAGAAUUUGAGGACGGCAUGUUCGCUAACUUGGGCAUAGGAAUCCCGCUUCUGGCCAGUAACUUCAUUAGUCCAAAUUUGACUGUCCAUCUGCAGAGUGAAAAUGGAGUCCUGGGUUUGGGUCCAUAUCCAUUACAAGAUGAAGUUGAUGCAGAUCUAAUCAACGCAGGCAAGGAAACAGUUACUGUUCUUCCAGGAGCCUCUUAUUUCUCCAGUGAUGAAUCAUUCGCCAUGAUUAGAGGGGGACACGUUGACCUAACAAUGCUGGGAGCGAUGCAGGUGUCCAAGUAUGGUGACCUGGCUAACUGGAUGAUACCUGGGAAGAUGGUGAAAGGAAUGGGAGGUGCUAUGGACCUGGUAUCCAGUGCUAAAACCAAAGUGGUGGUCACCAUGGAGCAUUCUGCAAAGGGAAAUGCUCAUAAAAUCAUGGAAAAAUGUACCUUACCACUGACUGGAAAGCAGUGUGUUGACCGCAUCAUCACUGAAAAGGCUGUGUUUGACGUGGACAACAAGAAGGGGCUGACGCUGAUUGAACUCUGGGAGGGUCUGACGGUGGAUGACAUAAAGAAGAGCACGGGGUGUGAUUUUGCUGUUUCACCAAAACUCAUACCAAUGCAGCAGAUCGCAAGUUGAAAUGUGGACUAGACAUUUGCCCCAGGCUGUUUCUCCUUUUAACCACAUAGGAUUUCAUUGAAAGGGCAUCAGUAAUCAUAAUUGUAUAUUUAAUAAGCAGAUUUCAACUAAUUUUCUUCUCACAUCUUAUGCUUCAUGUAGCCAUAUAUUUUUUUUCCCCAAGGGUGCUGUGACAUUUUAAUGAAAAACAGAAAAAAUAGACAUGAUCAUUUUAUUUGUUCUAAAAGAGCUAAGAUGGCUGUCUUUGCAAUUGGUGCUCACGUUGUAUUAAUCUUUGCCUUCUGUACUAUGUGUACUAAAUAAUCUUGUAUCAAGAUGGGCCCUUAGAAAAAGUUUUAUUGAUGUGUUUUUGCUCAUAACUAAUUCAUGACAUGUGAAAAAAAGAAUGAGCGAGAAAAAUAGCUCCACCCAGAGUAUGUGCGAGGCAACACUUCCCUAGUUCUGAAAGAUAACAGAUAUUUGAAUUUUGACUAGUAGAAAUGUUGUCUUAAUGCCUCUGACUUUUCUUUUGGAGUCUUGAUUUUGUGAUUAUACCUUGUUUCUCUAAAGCAUAUCUCCUCCUCCCACGAUUUUUGUAACUAAAUAGAUGCCCAAGAAGGUGAACAGGAGUACCUCUGAAUGAAGAGAAAUAACUGGUUCGUGGGAGGGACCAAAGGAUGUUAGGUCUCUUGGUGCUGACAUCCCACCAAAAAGUUGCCUUUAUAAACCAACCAACCAACCAACCAACCAGUCAUCUGUGCUUUGCCAAAGAAUAAAGUUUAUUGUAUGAAAAAGCUAAUAAAUAUGACUCAUCUAUCUGUUUACUCAUUUUAAAACAGUGAAGUAUGUGAAUGUAUCUAGAAGGAUCCUUAAGUGUCUUUCUCUAAGUCAUUGAGGCCCAGUGAGCUGCUUGUACAAUAACUCCUUUCAGGCCAAGAAUUGCUGCGGGGUAAUUUGUCAUGAAUCUGUAGUCCCAAUGACAGCAGAAUUUUGUUUUGUUUUUAAAAAUUCCUUUCAGGCCCACUUAUUUUUGCUCAAAAAAAGUUCCUAAAUAUUAAACCCCUCUUCCUGUGGAACAGUGUUUCUGUCUUCUGGCCAGGCUACCUCCUUUAACGUUUUAUUUUUAAUUCACUUUUAUCCAAGUAGGGGAAAUAGCCAUAAGCAAAUCCAGGAUUUGAAGAGUAGUUAGAAAAUAACUAUUGUUAGAAAAUAAGCAUGGUGGGGCCUCCCCGGUGGCGCAGCGGUAGAGCGCUGGGUUGCGAAGCUGCCCGCAGCCUCUGCGGCGCCGGUUCGAUUCCCGGCUGCUCCCCGGCCACCGGAGGAGGGUCCCACAUGGUGCGCAGACCUCUCCUGCCACCCGCUGCUCCCCUCAGCAGUGUACUUCGGUCCUUCUGCCUGUUCUGCUCCCCGCUCUGGCUCUGGUGAAUUCUCUCACCCUCCCG